AUUUCGAAAGUUAAUUCCAAAAUCCAAAUACUGGUAGGGGUAGGCCUACCGGUACCGUACCUGUAGCCGUUCUUUGGCUUUGCCUCUCAUAUGGUGGUAUCUUAUCGAUCUGUGCAAGAAUUUACAGUGAUGGCUCAGACUCCCUAUUCAAGCUAUCGACCCUCCUCCCGACGUUCAUCCACUAAAAAAGCAAGGAAGGAUGGUACUGUUAUUCAUUUUGAAAACGCAGACAUUCCAAGUUUAUUUGUAGAAGAUGAUGUAAAUGAAGGACCUCCAAUCCCAACAGUCAAUGAGAGACUUGGUCAUCUAAGACCAUCCAGAGAACUUCUUGAGUAUUACAGAAGAAAAAUAGCUGAGUUUGAUGGAGAACAUCAAGAUAUGAUGAAGAAACUGGAUCAAUACAAGACCACCUAUGAACAACAGCACAAAAUGCAGUGGGAUUUACGGCAGCGUGAAGAAGAGAUUGCAGAGCUUCAGAAGGCUCUUAGUGAUAUGCAGGUAUAUCUUUUCCAAGAAAGAGAGCAAGUACUCAGAUUGUAUGCUGAGAAUGACAGAUUAAAAAUUAGAGAGCUUGAAGACAGGAAAAGGAUCCAGCAUCUGCUUGCAUUGAAUGGUCCAGGUGAACCCGAGGUAACCUAUUUCCACAAGGAACCACCAGCUAGGGCUGUAGUAAAACAGCAUCAUCCUACCAAGAGAUAUCCACAUCCAGAAGGUGAGAAGCUUGGUUUACAAUCUGCCAUGCCCCUUCAGAGUAGUUCAACAGCCAAUGUAAGAGCAGCAGUAUCUAGAUCAACCUCUGCCAAACCAGCAAAGAAGAACCAUGCUAAUAAGAAGAAAUCCAAUGAAAAUGUAGACAUAAAGGGAAAACAAGAUGUAGAAGUAUUACUGCUUCAGAUUGAAGCUUUACAGAGUCAGAUGGCAGACCAAGCUAGAGUAUCAAAAGACCAGGUAGAUGCAUUGAUAGAAGACAGGAGAGUAAGAAUGGAAGAGAUGCAGACAGUGAUAGAAAGAGAUCAAAGUAAAGUACAAGCUUUAGAAGACAGACUCCAUCAAACUCAGAAUCUCCUGUAUGAUAGCACAAGGGAUUACCUGCAGUUGAAGUAUGAGAGCCGAGCAGAGGAGAAGAGAUGGAUGGGAGAAAAAGAUAAACUCCUUCAAGAACUUGAUAGAUGUAAAGAACAACUGAAUGUAUCUAAAGAUGAUGUUUUACAUGUAUCCGAUCAUGCACUGGAGCAGAGACAAGCUCAAACCAUAGAGAUUGAGGCUUUAGAGAAUCAGCUUCAACAAGCUCAGAAGCUGAGUGAUAUGUAUAGAGAACAAGUGAUCACUUUAGAAUCAGAGUUAGCAGCUAUCAGAGAGAAAGAAGAUGUCAGUAAAGAAGCUUUCAAGGGACGAACAGAGAAACUUAGUAGACGUCUUCAGCUGAUGAAUCAGAGAUAUGAGGCUCUUGAGAAGAGACGUAAUCUAGAGGUAGAAGGUUUCAAGAAUGAUAUCAAAACUCUUAGGGGUAGACUCAAAGAUGUAGAGAAACAACUAUUCAAGGUGACCCUUGGAUUUGGUGAGGAUGGUGAUAUGAGAAUGCUUCGUGAUGUUCAUACAACAGCAAAGAAAUCUAAAGAAAUGCAAGGAGAAUUACACAGACUUAAAGCUAUGAUCUAUGGCAUGGAAAAUGAUAUCAGAAGAUUAUAAUAACUAGAAAGAAAAUUAUCUUGAUAUUGGUUGUGAUGGAUAACUAGUGCCUAGACUGAGAGAUGAAAACAGCUACUACACAAAGCAGAUAUACUUGGACUGUAUUACUGAAUUGUCUCAUAUUGUAUCACUUCAAAUCAAACUUGAACUCUCAAGUUGAUAUAACACAUCACUGUAUUGGUCAGAUCACAAACACUCUGCUAGGUAUUCAUCAAUCAGAUUACACAUUUAGAUAUGUAUGUAGUGGUGAUUGAGCAUGACUUCAAUGUAUAUCAGAUUCCCCCAGGGGUUAUUAAGUUGCAAAUUUGAAAGUAAAGGGUCAGCAAAUGGCGU